AUGGACUUCACCACGGAGACCCCGGGUACUAUUCAAAAUUAUGGCAGUGACAUAGCCAGCGAAGAACAGCCAUCAUCUCAGCCCAUCAAAAUCCAGGCCAAGUUCCAAAUAGCCCUGCCACCCACAAAAUCAAGCCAAAUACUUCGACUCAGUCCCAAACUACUCGUUCAACUCCAACAACUACGUCCAAACCACCGACCAGUGCCUAUACUGGAGAUAUGGCAGCCACCACUUCGCAGGUCAAAAUUAACCAAAGAUUUCCCGCAACCCCUAAAGCUCGGCACGAGGGAUAUUUAUGCAACCCUCAAUGAGCCAUAUAUCACCAAUAAGCAGCCAUAUAGACAAGACCGUCUCCAAGGGCAAGAUACACAGUCAAACAAUGUUCAAGGAAAGGAUAUCGUCGCUGCAAUAUGCCAAGCAUCAAGCAACGACAACCCCACCUCAUCAAUCCACUUCCGCGACACAAAAUGCAUCUGGCAAGUCGGCGCCAACUCAGCAGGACCUGGGAAGGACACUUGUUACAGAUUCGUCAUUGAAAAAGAAGGCACAACCAACCCCGAGCAGUGCAGGAUGAUUAUGCAGUGGGAAAAACGGGUACUCUCUGAAAAUGGGAGUGCGGCAUCCGGUUCUCUAGGUAACGAAGAGUUCGCUCUUUUUACGAUUGACCGCAAGACUCGCCGGCAAUAUCGCAUUGCUACGAUGACUCGGGCUGGGUUCGAGAUUACUGUGAGGAAGAGUUCGAUCUUGGAUCGACUUCGGACUUGUAUGGCACUGAUGGAGCCUGUUUCUGAGGACACUACAAAAUUGGAGACUUGGUUGUACACUCUCGUGUUAACUUUGGGUGUCUCGGUGGCUUCUCAAGAAGGGUGGUUUGAUUGA